GGCAGUGGUUGCCAUGGGGACCGGUACGGUGGCGCGCGCCGUACUGCGGCGCAUGGUCGCAAAACUCGGCAGAGAGCUCCCUAUGGAAAAGAGAGCGACGUUCCAGGCAUAUAGCUAUAGGAGGCGUUGCUGUAGCAUAGCAACAAGUGCACUUUGGACGCACUGGAAAGCGAUGACUGUCUCUAUGUUCACCAAAACAGUCCGGCUGGAGCAGGCGGUGAAGCUUAUAAACCAGCUGGACGACACCAAGUUCAGUGCACUGCUCGCAAGAAUUUUACAGAAGCUGCCAUGCAAGGAUGAACGCAGCUUCACGGAAGAGGAAGAACAGAAGUUGCAGCGGGCUUUCAACUGCAAUGCACAGGAUGUUACCCUUCUUCUGGAGUCCCUCUCCUUCAUCUUGGAACAAGCUGCAUUCCACUUGGCCAAGCCGCAGGUACUGCGAACCCAGCUGACUGAUCUGGGCAUGGAUGAAAACAAGGUUCAGUGCAUGGUGCAGUCGUGGACAAGCCAUGCCAAGCAGCUUGUUGAGCAGCUGAAGCAGCGCUCCCUUGCUCCCAGACAGCUUCAAAAUGUGGACUGGGAGGUGCAAGUCCGGACAGCUCAGCAGUCUGCGGCACGAUCCAAGAGGCUUCAGGCUCUGGUGGAUCUUGUCGUCUCCACAGGAGCUGCACAUGAUCAUCUGCUGUUGCAGUUUUCACAUGGACAGCUCUUCAACCUCUACACACAGUUGGAACAGAUCCAGGUGAAGCUUGACAACCUCAUCUGAGCUGGCUUCGAAAGCUUACAUCUCUUCCCGUCGACACUGUCUUUAUCUUUCUGUCCCCAUCACUACGCUGUGCAUGGGGGAACCACUGACCACUGGCUGGACCACAGUCAACAGUAAGCUCGUCCCUCCGACUGAAGAUGUUUUUUGGCAUUAUCUUGGCCAUUGUGUAAUUGCUGGCAAACACUUUUGCUUUGUUUCAGAACUCACUUCUUUGUAGGUACACUUUCUUGUUUUGUUUUGUUUUGUUCUGCAGCAAAAAUGAUACUGUCUUGUCAGCAAACAAUAAGUAACCGUUAAGACCCACCUCAGGAUUUUUUGCGCUCAGGGUUUGGUAAUCCCAGUCUACUACACUUCAGCAUUAGCGUGGCUAUAUUAUACAGGUUUUGGAACUGCAUGUGAGUCGGUCCUUGUCAGCACUUAAUAAUGCAUAUUCUGUCAAUGAUUGUAGGUGCGAUGGGCCUCGAACGUUUUAUGGACCGACUGAGCUGCAUCCUUAAAGGAGUAUUGUCUGCAUUUGUGUGUGCAACUAGUGUGGCACACCUCUCAUUUUCAAACUGCACGAACGGGUAACGGUGAAGCAAUUUAAUUAGGGAGGGGAAGGGAAAAGGAGGAAGGAGGAAGGGGGGAGGGGCUGACUGCUUCCAUGGUUUUUGAACCGCAUAUAUGCCUCUGCGCUUGACUGAAAUAGAAGAAUUGGGCAUGCAGUUUGAGACACUUCAAUGAAUUGUCAAAGCAGUGUCUUGUGAAGUAAGCAUGCAUCACCACCGGCAUCAAAAUUAUAGCUUUAUGAAUCUCAGUGGCCCAUGCAGUCUAAGAGCAGAACAGCUUAAACAGGGGUCUUGGUGUUUUUGCAACACAAGCACUUCGUCUGUGGAACAUGGAUUUGGCUCAUUCAUUUAUUUGCAUAAGCCACUGCCUUGUUUCAUUUGAAGUUAGUCUAUGGAAUAUCUUUCUCUUUUUUUUUUCACCUUUAGCACCUCAGGCAUAGUGCAGCUGUUGUAGGAAAAGGACAUAGCUGCUAUGAGUUCAUUAUUAAACUAGUUAGCCACUAGUAUUUUAUCAGCGUGAGAAUGUAUGCACACUGAUUAUCACUUAUAGCCUGGUUGCAUUAGCACUAGGAGUCUUCUAUCCUGACUGCAGUUUUCUCUGAUUAGUGAAUGUUUUAAGGAGUGAUAUGCGCAGGUAGUUUGUUAAUUGUCACAUGGGAGAGGCAGGUGCUGUAUUAUUGCUGUCAUAGAUAAGGAACUACAGAAAGCAAUACUACAUCUUGUGUUGAGGGUUAGACACUGUACCUAAAUGUUUAUAUUCUUAAUUUUUUUUUCACUUGGUGGUACGCAAACUAUUACCUUUGUCAUGAUAUUACAUGUGAUAAGCACCUCCAAGGGCUGCAACUAAAAAGAGAACAUGUGACUGCCAUGUCAUCAGAGGUACGUCGAACCACACGAGCAAAUUUGGUAGUACUGCAGUCUCAUCAGUACCACUCUUGAUGCUUAACGAUAUUUACAAGGUGUGGCACUCAAUCAACCGUCAUUCUAUUCUGCAUCUUCAUGCUUACCAAUGGCUUUGACAUACUUGCCGCAAUGACAUUUUAUUAGAGUGCAGCGUAGUUCUUGAAAGGGUGAAAUAAUGAAUGGUUGUAAAGGACAGUGAGAUGAUAAAACUACUACCUGUACGCAAGCAGGGAAGUCUUGGAGCAUUGUGUGUGCAGAACCUUUGAAUGCUUCCAUGUCUGUGCCACAAAUGAGCCUUGACUAAUAUCCAAUGUCCAGUGAUGCUACAUUGUCCCGUGCUUGUUUUGAAAUAAGCUGUGGUCAUUCUAUUGCAACUGUUAUACCCACUCACUGAAAUGUACAAAGAGGCACGAAAAGGAACUGUUGCUGCCUGACAUUCUUUGCUGCAAGAAAAGAACACGAGGUUCAGACAGUGUUUCUGUAAAAAUAUUGGCAAGAAAGGGAUUAGAGAUGGCAGAAUAGCCAAAGUCAGCAUAUAGACAGCCCUGAGGUGUAAGUGGUGCGGUUUUAAGUUUCGAAAAUGAUGAGCAUCCUGGUAGGUUGUGCCUCACCUUGGAAGACCAGGUUGUUUGCUUUUAUUGUCUGCUGUAGAGAUCCUCAAGCUUACCAUAUAAAUUUCAGUCUGCAUUGGCAAGGUCUAUAGAGGUGACUUCUGUUAAUUUGAUGCAGUACAACUGGACCUUCUUUUUAUUUCUACCAGGUUCACAGGUCCCAAAGGGUGCCCUGUGCUUGUUUAACACUUCCUUUGUUUCAAAAUUUUAGCUGACUGUGCAGUCCUGCCAAAGUGAAAAACAAAACAAAGAUAAAUGGGGCUCGAGUGUAUGAGGUAGAAUUGUUUCUGACCUGCUUUUCCAUUGGUCAUAAAAAAUUGUUUUAAUUUAUUACCUGAACAGUUUACUGGCAGCAUAUUUUGUGAACUGCAAAUGCUGUCAUCCACACAGCUUUCACUUGUUACUCGCAGCACUUGCUUUUUUUUUUUUUUUCUGCCUUCUUCAGAUGUGUGAUCUCAGGCGCUUGAGUGUAGAAAUGUGGCAAAUGACAUCUCAAAACGGGUAUGCCACAGUCUUGCGACUCCUACGACCACAGUGAGUUGAGAUUCGGAUAAUAGUUUGCGACUAUACCCCUGGUGGGUUCAAGCGAAAUGUUUGGAUAAUGGUACCAUGCCAUUUUUUUUUUGCGGUUUGAUAUAUUCUGCUCGUGGUCAUAUUUUCACAGCGAGUGGUUGGUGAAGGGCGGUUGUGUGGGUGUCUGUCUGUGCCUGGCAUCUGCACACAUUUAUGUAAACUCUUUGAGGCAUUCCUUUACCUUGCGUAAAACAUUGAGCUCCUCCUGCAUAACAACUGAUUUCAUUUCCUCUGCACUUAAUUUAUGUCUAGUGAUGCACAUACUGACCGUCAUGAUUGCAGAAUGUUUGAGCAAACCAGAUCUGGUUGGGUGCGCCGAACUUGAAAAGAACGAAUUAAUUGGAACUGGCUUUUCACAGGGAAAACGCAGUAUUAGUAUGUAAAGCGAAACUGUAUCGCACCAUCUAAAUUAGUGCUGCCCCCUUUUGUGCAACUACUGAGGUGUUGUUUUAGUAAGGACGUGUGUGCACAUUCUUCGAGUCAAGAAAUAGCAAUUCGUCAUUCCAUAAAUGUUAUGCAUACUAUAAAGUACUCCAAAUAUUAGCAGGAUGAUCUAGUUGCAUUACCCAAACUAUUUUCUUUUUCUUUCUAAAACUUAUAUCGACCAGAAGGGUGGCUAUAUUAAACCAACAUUAACCGAUAUGGCAAAAAAGUUCAAUUGACAUCCCGCAUUUUUUUUCCCCAUAACGUUAUUUAUGUACACUCUGCAAUAGCAUCUAGUAACUAUAGCACAGUAGACUUACCUGUGAGAGCCGAGUUCCCUGGUAAGCUGAACACCUCAGGGACCUUAUUUAGUUUCCCAUAUAUUCGGUGCAGCUCUGUUAAGUUGAACUCUUGAUAAGACGAGCCUAUUUCCAAGAUAACUUCAUGUCCUUCUUGAAACUACCAUAACUGUUAGAGGCAGCUGUACAAAUUGCCUUUGUUCUUUACAGGCAUGAGCAAGAACAUAUUCUUGCUUAUUGUAUCAUUCACAGGAUCCUAUCAUUAGCAGCAUUUAUGAACGUGAAUGUAAAGCUGGCACCCUUUACUGAGCUAUGUGGUAUUGUUCUGCAUCAAUAGUGAACUCGCAUUGUAGUAUCUGAUUUAGCCACCUCCUGGCAUAUUGUCCUGGGUAUGAAGCUAGUCCAUGCUGUUGCAUCUUCCCGAGCCAACUGUAACCAUUCUUCGGUCACUUCUACCCCUUAAGUGAGAGCCUGCACGGAAGCUGCAGAUGGCCAUAAUGCAUAAUGAGUGUGUUUGCAGGUAUAUUGUGCUGUUUGCGUGUGUUGAAAGUGAGAGAAAAAACAAACUGACCGACUGAUCUCUCGUGGAAAGCAAAGGGAAGUGGUUGCAAGAUUUGUUGCAGUCACUGCGUGAGUUCGUCCUUGAUCACAAGAUGUGCUUGGUGGCGUGUGUACGUCCAUCAAGACAAGGCAAAGUAUGUUUGAAAGUAGUCACUGCAUGUGAUGUCUCAUGGUCUUGGCACUGGCUGCGUUCUCUAUGUUUCUGUGGGCACUGGCUGUUGCUGAAAAAAAAAGGCACUUUCUCAUCUAGUUGGUUGUUGCUGCACUGUGCUCACACGUCUCUUUGCCACGUGUACGCAUGUGGCAACAGUUUUUGAUGGGUGGGCCUCACAGCGCAAAUUGGUAACACAUUGGACAAGAGAACUGACGAGGUGUGGCUACAGACCCACUCGUACUGAUCUCGAGGGUGCGAGCAGUGUGCCCAUGAUUGGAGUGUAGAUGCUCACGAGUGAAUGUGGGCUCGAAAUGGCCUCUCAGUUAGUGCUUUGUUUGUUGGUUUUGCAAGCGCAAACUGUUGGUCAAGUUGGUGCAGGAGAAUUCUUAAACAAACCAGACAGAAUAUGGGACAAAGAUUGUGCAAUGCUGAUUUUCUGUCUCAUUUUCUACAUUGUGUUCCGAAUUCUGUGGAACAGUACUCCAUUUGUUGCAUUGUAGAAAGCUUUCCCAAUACCAUAUAGGUGGCAGUAAGUGCUGCCGCUCUAUGUGGACCAUGUUUAGGGCUCUUCUCACCUUUAACAUUGAGAAGUACGACACUUUGUCCUAGUAGUCUGUGCCCAUUAGUUUCUUAGCCACAUCCUCUUGUCCCGUCUGUUACAUGCUGCAUCAAAAUUAGCCCAAAUAUCAGCUAUGCUUGGUACGUGUUGGUGAAUCCUUGUAAGUUGCACCGCAACGCUGCUGAAACCAGCACACUCAACAAGGUGCGACUGGGCUUGGAGACCGCUCAAUCUUUUCCCUGUCUGUCCAUUUUGCUUUGCCAGUAAGGGCGUGGUUGUCCUUCUCUUGUCUUUCAUUUGUUCUAAGUGCCACACGACAGCUCUGGAGACAGCUUGUAGCCCAUACUGCUCAUGAGCAGCAGCUGAUGCAAUAGAACGCACAAGGUACUUAGAUGUCUUUCUUCUGGGGCUUUCUUGUAAUGGAAGCCCUACUGUACUGUGAGGCCAUUUAUCUGCUGGUGCCAGUAGACCUACCAGAGACUGUAAUGUGAAGUUGCUAUAUGCUGCCAUGUUAUUAGUGCAGCACAAGGACAUGGCAAGUCUUAAUUUGUGUGGUAGGGGCUAUUCUACUUGUAAAUUUGAUCAAUGUAACAACCUGUUUAACUUUGUGUGGCUUCACGGAUCCACCCACAUUUUUCAUGAAAGUUUGUGAGAAGCUGCUGUGUGACAAAAAAACAACUCUACACAAGUAUACUCCAAUGAAGUGAACAAAAAUAUGCUCAUGUUGCUGCUGCUGCUUCUAAAUGACGUGGCAGCAUGUGUGAAAUAUCUUGCCAAGGGAUAUUGAAUGGCGUUUCCAGAAACUUGUUGUUGAAGUGAUCUGUGGGACCAUCUCCAGUAAAAGCUGUUACAUGGCUUAUAUUCUUUCCCUAUCCAGCACUUUCUCCCAGUGGCAUUCAGAUUCCUUGGUGCUUACCACAAUUUUUAUUUCUUUCCUGUUUGCAUCUGUGCCUUUAAACACAGGGCACACUGAGCAUUAAUUCUGCUUUCGUUGACAUUGUUCAUGCCCACUGUUUGUAUUUUGUUUGUGAAUGGAAUUUACUUUUUACCUUACUCAAUAUAUUUACGAGUAAUGUGUCACAUAUUGUGGUAAAUGUCUGUUUCAUUCAUCCUUUAUUUGCACUUUGGUGGCCAUUUUAUGGAUUUGUCUGCAAAUUGGUCCACAACAUUAUCAGCAUUUGUUUGUUGAGAUUGGCAGUGGGGACACUGCAGAUUUAUGUGAUCCUUAGACUGAACUUAAACCUUCAAUUGGCGAGCUUGUGGAGAAUGUUGUCCAAAUUCGUGUCUGUCGCUCAUCAGGUAAAGCCGUCGGCUUUGCUUCGUUGUUCGGGAUGUACUCCAGUAGUACCCGAGUUGCUGGAAGCUGUGGCUCAAGUUGUGCACCAUUUUUACACCCGGUUUGAAAAGACACACAAGUUCACCCCUCAAGGUCUCUCCAGUGUCAAAUACCAACACUCCUGUGGUAUAUGAUUCACUGCGUGUAGUGUAGCAUCCUUUUGUGUCAUGGUUAUGUCAAUUACGUGUUCAUGCAUCUUUGUAGGUGCAGUUGUCGUCAUCAUCAUCGUCAUUGUCGAUGACAAGCAUUCUUUUUGUUAGUACUCUAUUGCAUGUGUGAGUGCUGUUACCCCUCAAAGUGAAAAAUAAAUGAGUUGGCACAAAAGCUUGA